CGAAAAGGUCGUGCGCAGCAUGUGUUCACUGGAGCAGAUGACAGCGACGGGUUAAGAACUGGGUCGAGAUACCCGGUGUAUAAAAUAGACGAUGAGGAGAAUUUUUGAGGACUUUUCGCUUCACAGCUGACACGAACAGGAUGUCUUUAACAGUUCUAACCUGUACGGUGAUUGCCGUUACUCUCUUGGCUAUCUGUACCUCAGAGCCCAUCGAGUUUAAAACGUGUGCCAAGGCUCCUAAAACUAUCGAGAGCGUAGAUUUAAAGCCAUGCUCGAAACAGCCAUGUCAGUUUAAACACGGAAUGAACGUCACUGUCACAGUCAACUUUACAGCACCAACCAACUCGGCACAGGUGACGUCCGAGAUUUACGGGAUAGUGAUGGGAAUACCGGUCAAGUUCGCCAUGCCCAAUUCAAACGGAUGUAAAGAUUCCGGUCUGCAAUGUCCACUCACAAGCUCAACAAAGUACUCCUAUGUCCAGUUUUUCGCUGUCAUUCCAACAUACCCAUUGAUCAGUUUAGAUGUACAGUGGGACUUAAAAGACGAAAACGGCAAUUAUAUGUUCUGUUUUGUGUUCCCGAUGAUGAUAGUAAGCUAGCCCAACACAUUAACAUAAUGUAUGUCGCGCGUCUGAGUCACUCACGGAUCCGUUAUCAACUCUGAAUAGGCCUAUUAUUAUGUACAUGUACCUGUUUUGUCCAUUAAAUGUUUUCAUAUUUA